AUGUCUCCUUCCGUCGUUUUACAGCACUACCAGGUCGCCAUCAUCGGUGGCGGCAUUGCCGGUUUGACGACAGCGUUGGCACUGGAAAGGCUCGGCAUUCGCUAUAUCCUUUUUGAGAGGCAUGAAUCCUUAGCCCCCGACGAGGGCGCCAGUAUUGGCUUAUUACCCAAUGGUCUACGCAUCCUCGACCAGUUGGGGCUGAUGGAAGAGAUCGAGAAACACACCACCGCGUUGCAGCGCUGGCAACAUUUGGACGGAGACGGCGCGCUGCUAUCGGAGGUGAAUGCCCUGGGUUAUUAUCCCUCGACAAUUGGAUAUGGCGGAUUGUUCUUGGAGCGACGCAAACUCCUCCGCAUCAUGGCAGACGGCUUGAAGAGCGUCGAUUCGAUCCGGACUGGGACACGAGUGACUUCGGUGCGAGAGACAAGUGAGCAGGCCAUCCUCACCACCAGUGAUGGCAUUCGCAUCACAGCGGAUCUUGUUAUUGGCGCAGAUGGGGUGCGUAGCUGUGUUCGUCCGGCCAUAGACCAGGCGCCGCAGGGUAGUCCAGGUUCGUCGGAUGAUUAUAUGUCGACGCGGUUUGCGUGUGUUUACGGAAUUUCCCCUCCGGUAGAAGGUAUCAUCGCGGGCGAUUGCUUCUCCGUGUACCGACCAGCAGCGACUAUUCUGAUCUUCACCGGCAAGGGUGGCACCGUGUUCUGGUUCGUUUUUGAGGAUCUGGGUCAAACAUAUACCCUGUCCACCACUCCACAAUAUACCACUGCGGACGUAGAAAAAUUGUGCCGGUCUGUCUCUCAUCUGCGCAUUACACCUACCGUACGGUUUGGCGAUGUAUACGAGAAACGAUCAGUGGCCGUGAAGGUAGCACUGGAAGAAGGAGUUGCGCCCAACUGGCACAGUGAGCACAUGGUCGUCGUUGGCGAUGCUGCACAUAAGAUGGUGCCGAACGCAGCCAUGGGUGCUAACCAAGCCAUUGAAUCCGCCACCGUAUUGCUCAACGAACUUCACAGUGUCCUCUGCGGCCCAUCACAAGGCUACAUGCCCCACGAGACUCUCACAGCUGCUCUAAAACAGUACGCAAACUCCCGCAAACUGCGUACUGCUGGGAUUGUACAGAAAGCGGGUAUCACCUGUCGCGCUCAAUUAGCUCACGAUGGUCCUGCUGCUGCCCUACGCCACGAACUUCCUUCCUUAACCGAUGGUGACUGGCUGUUUCGUGGAUUUAUGGGCCUCGCUGACGCCCCGGUAUUGGCUGGUAUCCCACUCUCGCAGCACGGCCUGCUCUAUCAACAGGCUGUGGACCAGUUCCGCAAACGUGUUCGGGCUCGGGAGAAUGAAGGCUUGAAUAUCUCGAAUAUGGAGCUGUUUGACACUGAGGCACAGCAUUAUCUAGCGUCGGAUCCUCCACCUACUGAAUUUUCCAGCGCUAUUGCAGAUAAUUGGGCAUCCAAAGCGAUGUUCCUUAAUCUGCAGCAUGCUAACACUAAGAUCGACCGCGGCGGUGAACUGUUCCUGGAAAUGUCUCCAGGCCGCAUAUCGCUUCUCCAAUUCAUGCAUCCAUGGAAACCAGCUGACCCAUCGGGUAUUCUUGCGGCCGUCCACCGAUAUCUGGUUCCUACGUUCCUCCUGGAGUUGCUGAUGUCUCUCGACUGCGAUAUUACCAUUCUUCCUCGCCUUUCGGUCGGUUUCCGUCUGGAUGACAUCCGAAGCGAGCAGGUAUUUGUUGCAAAUGUCAUCAGGAAACCAGAUAUAUGUCAGAUCAUCGGUGCGGGCUGCCAUCUCGACCAGUGUGCCAAAAUCCAUGCCAGUAAGUUUCUCGUAGAAUGCGUAAGAACUCCUGGAUCUACCGCCCCUUUGGCCCACGUAUUUGACCGUUGUACAUCCGAGAUCUAUGUACAAUCACUGUUACUCGAUGAUUGGGCGUGGAUCUUAAAUGUGGGAUCCGAGAUUGAGAGGCUGGUCAACGGCACGGAGCUAAAUCUGGGCUCGAGGCCAUCUAAGCUUGAUGAGAAGGAGGAAAACUUGGAGAAAAUCCUCUGGCUUGCACAGUUUACGACGCCAGAAGAAAGCCUGUACCGGACCAAGGUCCUUAAGUGUCAAGAUUCUCUCUCACCCGGAGACUCCUACGAGCUUUGUUUGACCGACGAAACGAUCGUCACCUUUCCAACUCCCGUGGACCCGUGGAGCCUUUAUAAGCGGCGGCGAAGAAAAACCCCGCACCGUUCGGUGCAUUUCUUCACCUGUCUGAUGCCAUCGUGGUCGGCAGCAGUCCCGAGCGAUUCCACUGGGACCGCAGUGGGCACUGUCAAUUCAGACCUAUCAAAGGCACUGUGA